AUGCCCGAGAAGCUCAGAGAUAAUUUAGGACCUCAUCCCGUGUACCGUGGAGACGUUGUGAAAGUCAUACGAGAGCUUCAUCAAGAUCUAUCCCGAAAGUGGAAGCUGUACGAGAAAGAAAUCCGGGAGACGUGGCAGCGAUGCGACAAACGCGAGCGACAAGGGAUCCUGAUCGGGCAGAAGGCUGGAGGAUUGGUUCUCGAUAGCUACGAGGACGAGUCGAGGGGUGAGAUGGGCUUCUUGAUUCCUGAAUGGAAUCUCCAAGACCUCGCAGAUCCUGAUUCUGAUCUACUUCUCGAUCUGAUCCAACAUCGGGCAACUAACUGGCUGAGCGACCAAUACUUAAUGGGGUCUAACAAUGAAUUGGGGGAUGAAAAGCACAUUCUUGAGAUCAUUGAGUGUGGCGAUACGCCGUACGAGGAACUGGAAAAUGAAAACUUUAGAUGCUUUGCCUCUGAGUAUCAUUAUGGAGAGCCGGUCCAUAUCCCUGAGCACCAGCGCCAUGGACCAAAGGGCAAGGAUCUACCAAGGUGCACUCAGCCGGAAAUCAUUGGUAACUUCAUAUUGGCUCGCCAGAUGCACUUUCUUCAGAUGAUGAAUCUGGUGAUUUGGGAAAUGCUCGCCUUGCAUUGGAAACGCGAGAAAGCUGGGGUAUACCGAGAAAAGCCACAGGGACCGGGAACGGCGGCCCUGAUCGCUUUAUGCAUCAGAGAGAAGAAUCCAAAAAUUGACAUGUCGAGACUGGCUGAUAUGGCCUCUGACAAUAAGAGAUCUCUGGACGAUUGGGCCUGGCUUUGUCGGACAGACCCUGAGUACCUCAUCGACAUGAUUUACAUCUGGUUCUUGACUCAACCGGGGCUCAUUGCUGACGCCGACGAUCUUUUACUUCCUACGAUGCAUGACAAAAACGUCUCCAGCUGCCUGUUUGAAAUGUUACAUACAUUCGUCCUCAAUACCGCCAUAUGGGACUACAUCACACGUCUUCUCCGCGCACUCGCUGAUGCCAAGGACAACGAUCGAUUCUACCGUACCGCGAUUCUGCAAGAGUUAGUGAACGUGAUACAUUUCGAGUAUGAGCGAUCGCAAGAGUUGCUCAAACGCUACACGCAACGCAGUAUUGGCCACGGGCAUUUGAAGCGAGUGGACGGUCCCAAUCAUGCCAAGCCUCGUGUCGUCUUGACAACGGAACCUGCUAGGCUCACAAGGUCAAAUCCAAUCGCUCACUAUAUUCUGCGUCUGUACCAAUCUGAAACAAAGGUCGCGGACGCAGGUUACUGGCUCCAGAAAAUAUUUAGUCUUUAUAUUUCGAAAAAUGAAAGGGUCAAGGUGGAUGAUCUCGCAGGACGCGAAGUUUUGCAUGAGCUUGCGGUAGUUACCGGCCUUUUCAGACACUUGAAAUCUUUGGUCCAACUGCCCCCCAGCAAUCCCCGAAAAGGUCGGAAAUACAUCAAUCGCGUGAAAGCAAUGAAUCCUGAAAUCGAAUCUAUCAAAGAGAGCCUAGAUUUGUCGGAGUUGGCGGUUCCGCCGGACCGCCUUCGAUGCCCUGGAGUCACCUUUAAAGCUCUUAACAAGGUUGAUGAGGUGAUUGAGAGCUACACCGGCACAGAUCUGGCAAAGCUAUAUGAAGAAGUUAACGAAAGCUGCUUCCAGGAGAUACGUCGAACAUGUGACGAGAAGAAGGCGCAAGCGCAGAAAGAACGAGAGUCGAUCACUUACAGAUUUCCCAUGUUUGAAGCUUCCUCCAAGGACGUGACUGUCAGGAAACGAAAACAAAAGCCCAAGACACGACCGACAGAGUGUCCAGUCCAGGCCUCUACAGAGCAAACCUACCUUCGGGGACCCCGGAGAGUUCUUCCUCAGAUACCGGUCAAAGUUGAUAUCUUCAAAGUUAAGCCCGAAUCAUAUGAAGUAUUCACAACGUUGCUUUCAAGGACCGAGCCUCGCGGAUCUCUUUCUUGGAUGGCUUUCUCGGCGGCAAUGACUGAUGUAGGAUUCUCUGUGGACCACAAGUAUGGAUCCAUUGUUACUUUCGAGCCUCAAAUCUUUCUCAGCCACCUAAAAUCAUUUACAUUUCACCGACCUCAUGAAUCUCACAUUGAGGGAUUCCGUCUUCUUUGGUUAGCACGUCGCCUGAAACGAGUCUAUGACUGGAGUAUUGACUGCUUUGAAGUUGUGUGA